AUGCAUCAGAUAUUUUUUGAGCAAUAUGUCAACGGGUUCCAAGAGUCCCCGUUAGACCUUUUGAGUAUAGUAACUGAAGCCAAAUACAGCCAAUUGGCAAGUCUAGACUACACUGAGGGUGUAUGUCGGUUUCCAGAGAGGUGUCAUAUAGCGUCUGUAAAUGCUUUAGCAUUGGAUUCAAUAGACAAACGCUUUCUUUUAUCAGGAGGUGGUGAUUCUUCUAUCAAAUUGUGGGAUUUGAGUUCGAAGGAAGAUACAUUUGCUAUUGCAAAGGAAGAAAAGGCAGAUAAGAACAUCAAGAACAAUAACAGGAACCGAAAAUUGGCAAAUGGACCAAUAUACGAGCCUGCAUUUAUAAUUCCUGCUCACAGUGUUCACAAAUUUGGCAUAACCCAUUUGAAAUGGUGGAGAGAUAAUGGAAUGUGGGUUUCCUCGUCUUACGAUCAUUCACUUAAGGUGUUUGAUUCAGAUACAAUGCAGCCAGUACAGUCGUUUGAUCUAAAAUCAAGAGUGUUAAACUUUGAUUUUGAUCCAUCUGGUUCAAGUUCUCAGGUCGCCUGUUGUCUAGACGGAGGUGUUGGAGGUGUCAAAUUAGUCGAUCUUAGAACUUUAGCAGAUUCCCAGACUUUAGGAGGAGGUGGAAAACAGAGGGGCGGAUUUGGCUACAUGCUAAGCUGUGCAUGGUCACCAACUGAUCCAAAUGUUCUUGUCAGUGGAGGUGUUGAUGGAUAUUGCAUUGGCUGGGACAUUCGUGCUGCAAAUGGUUGUCUUUUCAAAAUGGACUACAACUUGACAACGGGAAAUUAUAAAAACAGUGAUAGAAAGCUUCUGUUCUACCAAGAUAUCCCCAGAGCGCACAACGGGGGUGUGAACUCUUUGCUUUUCAACGAAACGGGAACAGAUCUUAUUACCCUAGGUACUGAUGAAAGGAUCAGGAUCUGGGAUUUGACAACCGCAAAUAAACCUUUGAACAAAUCAAUUAAUUUUGGACCUCUUGUGCGGAACAAAUCAACGCAAUUUGUACAAAUGUGCCUCAGUCCAAUGCUAGAGACAGAGAUGCAAUACCUCUGGUUUCCAUCUGAGAAUGGUCAAAUGCUUGUUUAUAGAAUACAGGAUGGAAAACUUGUUUGCAGACUCACUCGGAGAGGUCCUGGAAUGCAGUCUUCGAAAAUGCAUACUGUUGUCUAUGGUGGUCACAACUCUGUUAGGUAUUAUGCCGGAUGCCAUGAUGGAUCUAUAUCUGUAUGGGGCUACAUGAAAGAUACAGAUUUUGCCAAUGAGCCAUUACGAAUUGAACGUGAUGGGAAUAACGAUAGUGUUGAUAAUGCUGGUGAGGAUAAUGAAAACGGUGAAGAAAGCGAUAAUGAAGGGAAAACGAUUCUUGAUGAAAUUCACGACGAAAUGGUCGGAAAGGGGAAAAAGUGA